GAAAAGUGGAUUUCCAUCGCUUUAGUAUUUAUUUAUAUUUGAAAUAUGUAUAUGUAUUAAACCCCAUCCCGGUACCAACAAACCAAACCCUUGCCUCCCUGCUCCCUCCCUCCAUCGGAAUUGCGGACAUUCUCCUCCGCCGCACCGCGCGAACAACACAAUGGCACUACAACAACAGCUAGACAAAUUCAAGAAACAGCAGGAGAAGUGUCAGUCAACACUGUCGAACAUUGCAGCCAACAAGGCUGCAAACCGAAAAUCUUCUGCUCCAGUAGUAGCUGCACCGGCAUCAGCCAAUGGAAUAAAUCCAGCACCUGCUGUCAAAUUCUCAAAUGACACCGUGAGGCUUCAGAAUAUUCACACCAUACGCAAUAGCACUGUGGGUCAUCAGAUGAAGCGUGUCAUUGAGCUCCUGCUAGAGACACGGCAAGCCUUUACACCAGAGCAAAUUAAGGAAGUAUGCUAUGUUGACAUGAAGGCUAACAAAGAUGUUUUUGACAGUCUGAGGAAAAACCCGAAAGUACACUAUGAUGGGCAACGAUUCUCUUACAAGUCAAAGUAUGGCCUUAAGGACAAAACAGAGCUUCUUCAACUGAUACGAAAGUUUCCUGAGGGCAUUGCGACUAUUGACUUAAAGGAUGCUUACCCCACUGUGAAGGAAGACUUACAGGCUUUGAAAGCUGCAGGGCAGAUUUGGCUGCUGUCAAAUUUUGAUUCACACGACGAAGACAUUGCCUACCCUAAUGACCCCAAAGUGCAUAUUAAGGUGGAUGAUGACCUAAAACAGCUUUUUCGGAGCAUUGAAUUGCCUCAAGACAUGAUUGAUAUAGAGAAGGAUCUUCAAAAGAAUGGAAUGAAGCCCGCAACCAACACCGCAAAGAGGAGGAGUGCAGCAGAAAUUCAAGGCAUUCCUUCCAAGUCCAAGCCUAAGAAGAAGAAGAGGGAAAUUAGCAAGAGAACCAAGCUGACCAACACCCAUCUUCCGGAGCUCUUUCAGAACUUAUUCAAUUCCUGAUCAACUCGAAUCAGAGUUUUAGAUUAGUUCACAUAGAUAAUUUGUUAGCCUAACCUAGAACAUACUAGUGAAAAUGAUUAAGGAGGUUCUUAUUUCCCUACUGUUGAUAUUUGUUUUUAAUUUUCAUACCUAGGCUGCAAGUAAUGGACUGUUGUGAUUUGAAACAACUCUAGCAACCAUUUGUGAAUCCGUGUAGUAUAUUAAUAGCUCGUUAAACAUUUUAA